UGUGUUCUUCGAUUCGGUUUAUUUUAGUGUAGUUCGUUUUUUUAUUCAAAUCAUUCAGAAUGCAGAACACAAUUUGUGAACCGUUUACAGCAUGGCCUAUGAAAUUUGACAUCGACAAGGUGGCACUGGAGUUCAAACCGGAGGAAGAGAAGCGCAAGGAGGCCGAGCAGAAGACGGCAAAGGAUUUUCUUCACUUGCCCGACGAUAACUGGACGAUCCUGCCCAUCUUCAAGCACAAGCUGGAGCACAUGAGGGCGGUUUUAUCUACUCGCCAAAAUCCCUACCUACGUUGCCGCUAUAGGAAUUUCUUGAACAAUGUUCCCAGCAAAUAUGUGACUAUUUCUAUAUAUGGCUCUAAUACAACAAACAUGCCCAAGCCAAGGCGUAAGUCCUUGAACGGACAGUUCUAUGGGGUAGAUUAUAAGCUGGCGCCUAUUCCGGUGGUGGCCGAUCCUCGGUAAACUGGUGCAUUGGUUUGAAUUGGGAAACUACAUUAAAUACAAACUACUAAAUUAUUAUUUAUUAAAUAAACGAAAAGCUUAUGUAUUUGGCUAUUUGAGAAAU